CUCACCAGGAAGUGGUAUGCCGGAGAGGUUUUGUUUUGACAAUGAUGGAGGAAGAAGAAUUUGAAUUUGCUGAGGAUUUGGAGGCUAUUUUGCAUCUAACCCCAGAGGUGCAACUAGCUAUUGAACAGGUUUUCCCCAGCCAAGACCCGCUGGACAGAGCAGACUUUAAUGCUGUGGAGUACAUCAACACAUUGUUCCCCACCGAGCAGUCUUUGGCAAAUAUCGAUGAUGUGGUAAACAAGAUUCGUCUGAAGAUCCGGCGCCUGGAUGACAACAUCAGGACAGUGGUCAGAGGCCAGACCAAUGUGGGCCAGGAUGGCAGACAG